CCCACCGACCUCCUGUUCACAGCGGUUCAAAAUCCACUGGACCGUGACGACAUGAUUCGGAUGCUGAUAGCUAAGGGCGCUACUGUGGACCAGCGCGAUGACCGUGGCUGGACGCCCCUCAUGCACGCGGCGUCAUUAGCAAACUUCUGCACCAUGGAACUAUUAAUUGACACGUACGGGGCGAACAUCCACGCCGAAUUACACGACGGGUACACCGUGCUAAUGAUUGCAGUUGAGAAUGGAUGGCAUAGCGAUCUCACCCCCGAAGGUGUCCUGUUCCUUCUGCGCCAGGCAGUGUAUCAAUCUAUGUCUAUAUGCUCUCGAGAAAGUGGUCCUCGGCGCCUUCUCUAUUCUCUGACUACUUGAUUUCCGCACAGGCGCCGCGGUGCGAAAUGCGACCUGCGUAACGAUCGAGGUGACGAUGCCGAAGCGAUAGCGGCACGAAAUCAUCAAAUAACCCAGUUCGUCCUCGCGGAAGUCAAAGCCGGUGGCGGCUGCAUCAAGAAAUACCUUCGGGAGCCGAUUAUCAGUUUGAACUGUCUCCGCGUGCUCUGCGAGCGAGGCCGCGCGACGGCGCCGUCAGGCUUCCUUGCGACGCUGAUGGGCCCCAAACUCCCUCGGGAGUUGUUCGUUCACGUUCUCUCGUUCUGGCGUUCCGCACGCGCCCUUGACGAUAGGUCCUUCGAUCGAGUACGG